AUGAAUGGGAGGGGGUGGGGGGAGAUAAGCCGCAGAGGGCGGGCUGAGACGGAGGCGGGGGCGGGGGCGGGUCCACCGCCGGCCGCCCCUCAGAAAGAGGACGCAAGAGGAAAAAGCGAGCGACAGACAGGAGAGAGGGAGCCGUCCAGCGAGUCAGUAGUCAUGGCCGGGAACUCCGAGAAAGCAGCCAUCGCCUCGGCGGGACCGGAAGACCUGCAGCAGUUCUUGCCGCCGGCCUACUCGGCCGUGGCGGCGAAGCCCGCCGCCGCCGCCGCCGGGCGCGUCCUGAAGGCCGGCGUGGCCGUGCUGGUCGCCGGGGCCCUGCUGCUGCUCCUGGGGGCCGUCGGGGCCUUCUACUUCUGGAACAACAACGCCAAACACGUCUACAACGUCCACUACAGCAUGAGCAUCAACGGCAAAGUGGAGGCGGGCGCCAUGGAGAUCGACACGCGCAACAACAUGGAAAAGUUCAGCACCGGCAGCGGCGCCGACGAGGCCGUCGAGGUCCACGAUUUUGAGAUUGGAAUCACCGGCAUCCGCUUCUCAGGGGGCGACAAGUGCUUCAUCAAGACCCAGGUGAAGGCCCGCCUGCCCGACGUGGAGCGUCUCGACGAGGACUCCGUGACCUUUGACCUGGAGGACGAGGUGAUGCCGGCCAAGUUCGAGGACGACCUGGUGUGGGUGGCGGCCGGAUCGCCUCUCUCCGAUUCGGCUUUCCUCAGCGACAAGAUCAGGGAUUUGUGCGCCGACCUGCCCAUCUUCUGGCUCCGUCCGACCUACUCCGCCGGCGGACGGCGGAAGACGAGGACCCCCGCCGCCGCCGCCGCCCCCCGCCGACGACGCCAGGCGCCCACGGACGGGGAAGGGGAGGACGUGGAGGCGGAGUUCAACCCCGAGAACCCCUACCAGAACCACCUGGAGGGGGAGGACACCGUGAGCGUCGACCCCAGGCUGGACCACGAAGGCGUCUGCUGCCGAGAGUGCCGGCGCGGCUACACCCACUGCCAGAGGAUCUGCGAGCCGCUGGGGGGCUACCACCCGUGGCCGUACCACUACCGAGGCUGCCGGGUGGCCUGUCGGGUCAUCAUGCCUUGCAACUGGUGGGUGGCGCGUAUCCUGGGCGUCGUGUAACCGCGGCGGGGACGGAUCGGCCUCGGUUCCGCCGGAUUUGGGGGACUCUGCGUUUGCUGCCAGCGCUUUCUGGGCACAAAGUUUUUGUCCCCCCAAAAAAAAAUCAAAUCAAACAAAUACGUUCCAUUUUCAAGGAAAAUCAAUAUUGGCACGGGAAAUGAGUCUGAAUAAUACACCGUGUCACUUAGCAGGGAAAUGUUCCAAAGAUUGUAGUCUCGGCCUUCUUACCUUCCUGUUUCGUGUAAAUACUCGUGAAGGUGCAAAAGGUAUGCAAUCAGCAUCUUUUCAAAUAUUUCCAUGCCCUGUAACUUUCUUUUGCUGCAAAAGCAACAAGCGGAUUGCAUUACAAAAUGUAUUUGCAAGUGCAAUAUUAGAGAAAAAUAAAUAUUUUUUGGG